AUGGCCCGGGGCACUCUACCCGCGAGAGCAGUUUUGCCUGCACACAACAAGAAAAGACGUGAACGAUCACAAACGACUGCCGACCACCUUUGUAAACUAUCCACCUAUUUCUCUCCCGUUCGGCUCGUCCAAGGCUCCAAGAUCAAGCUGGAGCUAAAAGUCUCGCUCCCCGAGAAUUCGGGGACGGCACCGGCACGCCGCCUGGCGUCACCCAGUGUCUCGUCGCCCGGCCACGCGACACAGAAUGGCGGAUAUCCUGCCAAGAUAUCCGGGGUUCCCUUCCCAGCUACUCCAACCCGUUACACAGCCCCGGUCCAUAUUGACGUCGGUGGCGUCAUUUACACAUCUUCCCUUGAGACCCUCACACGGUUUCCGGAAUCCCGACUGGCCAAGAUGUUCAAUGGUAACAUCCCAAUCGUGCUCGAUACUCUUAAACAGCACUAUUUCAUCGACAGGGACGGCAAAAUGUUCCGACACAUCCUCAACUACAUGCGCACGGGAAAAGUAGUCCUUCCGGAAAAGUUCAGUGAGUUUGAUCAGUUGUAUGAGGAGGCUCGCUUCUUUGAUAUUCCCGGACUGCUGACAGAGCUGGAAAUCCGCCGGCGAGGUAGGUGUAUAAAAAAAGAGAAUAUCGAUCGCGACAACAAAAUGGUGGAACAAUCACCAGUGAGUGACGGAUUCUGUGACUGUUUGGCUGUAAGUCUGAGCCCGGACCUCGGGGAGCGAAUCUCCCUUAGUGCAGAAAAGUUCCUUCUGGAAGAAGUGUUUCCGGAACUGAACUCCGCACUGCUCGAUUCCCGGAAUUCCGGUUUUAACCUAGACAAUCGUUACGUGAUACGCUUCCCUUUGAACGGGUUUUGUAAACUGAACUCUGUGCAAGUGUUUCAAAGACUGCUAAACCACCGUUUUAAGAUCGAAGCGUCCACAGGAGGCGGGGUUGAAGGUCAGCAGUUUUGCGAGUAUCUGUUUGUCCGGCGGCGCGCGCAGUGACGAUUCUCAUAAAAAAAUGACCAAAAAUUGUUUUGUUUUUUGUCCCGCCAAUUUUGCUUUUGUCACGUUCUACUGAAACGUGAUUGAACGGCAAAACAGUUUAAACUCGAAUUAUAGCUUUAAAAGUCUUAAUAAUUGAAAUUCCUAUUUUGUUGGUGGCUGUUGGAUAUGUAAACACAAAGAUAAAGCGCUAAAGGUAUUUAAUCUCAGUAACGUUUAUAUUCCGAGUUGAAAAAUGAUGCAGUUUUUUGUCAUUUUACAACUGAAUGAUAUUCAACUUCAACAAUAGUUCUAUAAUUGAUUAGAAAUUAGUAGGCAAUAAAUGGAAACAAAAAUAUGAUAAAAUAUAUUAACGAACUUGCCAACGGACAAGUAAGGCAUUUUAUUUUAGAUUUUAUUUUAAGAUCCAUCAUUGUACCAAAUUGUAUUUGCAUG